GUGGCAGAUAAUCACAGGCCACUGCGUGGGGGACACACCUUCUGCUCGUUUUACCUCGGUUCGCGCGGGGGAUGCGUUUUGAUUUACAAAAAGCUCCGACAGAUCAGAGUCGUGUUUCUUUGGUGAUUUUCGCGCAUACAGGUUUCCAGUCUGCUCUGCUCCAAGAUGACUGGGGUUUUUGAGAACUUAAAUACUGAUAUGCAUUCGAACCAGAUUACCUCAAACAGUUACCACAGCUUGCACAAGUCGCAGGAGUCCCCGACCCUGCCCGUGUCCACGGCGACGGACAGCAGCUUUUACAACAGCCAGCAGCCGAGCCACUGCGCCGGCUCUCCGUUUGGCCAGCUCGGUUCUUACCAGUACCACGGCAGCGCCACGAGCUCUGUGCCAUAUAACGCAAAGUCCUACGACCUGGGGUUCAACUCUUCUUAUGGUGCAUACAGCUCCUACGGGUCCAACUCUUCUCCGACUCCAGCCGACACAGAGAAAGAAGAGAGCGAGCCAGAAAUCCGGAUGGUUAAUGGAAAACCAAAGAAGGUCAGGAAACCUCGAACCAUUUAUUCCAGCUUCCAACUGGCUGCACUUCAGCGGAGGUUUCAAAAGACGCAGUAUUUGGCUCUACCAGAACGGGCCGAGCUGGCAGCCUCACUGGGCCUUACGCAAACACAGGUCAAGAUCUGGUUCCAAAACCGCCGCUCCAAGUUCAAAAAGCUGUGGAAAAGUGGAGAGAUCCCACCAGAGCAGCACGUUACUUCCAGCGAAUCUCCUCCGUGCGCGUCUCCUCCAACAUCUGCCUGGGACUUUCCACAGACUCAAAGAAUGAACACUGUCAGCUCGAGUUUACCUCAGAGCGCCAGCCCCCCCAACACGGCUGCGCCCUCGUCGUUUUUGGCUAACUACUCCUGGUACUCAAGCACGAACUCUGCAACGCAUCUCCAGCCUGCUCUGGUCCAGCACCACCACAACUCGGCCAUAAACGCAGGGACGAUAUUCUGAAAGGGAAACACAACGUUCGGGUCUAAAUUGGACAAGACUGUUGGGAAGAAAAGAGAUAAAACCUCGAUUUUACACACCUAACUGUGUGCGCCUUUGCGCACAAAAUCUAGGAGAAAUUGAUGGAGCAAAACAGGUUCAUGGAACUUGCUGGUUUUCACGAGAUAGACGCAGAUUUCUACAGUUAUUUUUGUAUUUAUUUAUUUUGUUUAUGUGAGGGAUGAGUGAACCACUAUUACCCAAAGCAAUCACAGCCUGGGCGCAUAUAAGCCCGUUUUUACGCGGACGUCACUUUUUUGCCAUUUCUGCAAAACGAAAUCAUUGACUUCAGG